GACAUGGCGCCCAAGGGCUUCAUCAGGGACAAGAACGCUGGGGGGUGGAUCAAAGGCCCGGACUUGACGGAGGAAAACGUGCCACCGCUGCCGAGCCCGCCUGGGACACCGUCCAGCUGGGUGCAGUGCGUCAGUGCGCCGCCGUCGGGGGCCACGUCUCGGGCGGCAUCGCCGGGGGCAGUAUCGUUGGUCCUCGCCCCGCCCAAGGCCAAGAGCCCUGGUGCGCUGCCGCCAGCCACGGUGCUCGCGGUCCCACCUCCGGAGGCAGCGGGCCAUCCACUGGCAGGAAGGCUGCAGUUCUACGCGCAGGCGCCGUUCAAGUCACAGCAGACCAGAGUUCAAAAGGGAAGCUUCCUCAAGUCGGCUGUUGGCUACAGUGAGGUGCUCAAGAUUCUCUGCGGCCCGUGUUUCGUGCCUGCCAUCAUCCUCAUGGUGCUCGUCGUCAGUUUCCCGCCGAGCAUCUUCCCUAACAUGUCCAGGGGUGCUGAGGCUGCGGCGUCCCUGGUGGAGGAUGUGGCAGGCGCCGGAGGGGCUGUGGCGCUCGCGGCCCGAAACUUAACGUUGGCCGUGAGUGGUGCUGCGCUGUCAGUUGCAAGAAAUUCGGCUACGUUCGUAGAUGAAGCGUGGUCGGGGAUUGAUCUGCUGGGAUGCCGCCUGAAUGUCACAGGCGGCCGCUUCGUCGUUGACAUCGGUGCGCGCUCUCGCCCUAGUAUGAUGAGGGAGCUCGAGCGGGGGUUGGCUGUGGUACCUGAUGAUCUGGCAGUGGAGUUGUGGGGUUCCAUCAAUGCUAUUUCUGUCAGAGCGCCAGUGGCGGCGCGGCUCUCCUCUCAGUUCAACUUUACGGAGAGUUUCUCCAUAUGGGAUUGGGAGGUGCUUCUUGUUGACGAAGAGGUGCUGGCAGUACGGUAUUAUUUCGCAAGAUUGGGAUUUGAAUUUCAGUGGGCUAACCCGUUGUGCGCCUUAACAGGGGCCGAUCCAGGAAGUGAGCUGGAGCGCAUCACGACCAGGGUCAAAGAUGCGAUCGAGUCGGCAGUUGAUGCCUCUGUGCUGCGGACCCCCUUGACCGCGCGCGAG